AUGUCUGAGAGCAUACUCACCAAUCCCUUCACCACUGUUUUAGGUGCACUGGGACUCGCCCUAGCUGGCGUACUUCUACAGCAGCUCAUCUCCUUUGUUCGUCUGCGCGUUGCCACCUGGGCCUGGCGGCAACUACCCGGUCCCGCUUCAGAUUCCACUUUUUGGGGCAACAUCGGACAAUACUUCUCGCGCCAUGGCGAAAAUUUCCAUCGUCAAGUGGCUGUCGACUACGGUUCGGUUGUGAGGUUGACCGGUCUUCUUGGAAAUCCCAUCCUCUACGUCGCUGACCCUAAGGCCUUGCACACCAUGCUUAUCGACGAGGAGGAAAUAUUCCAAGAGACGGAUAUAGCUCUCCAGAUCACUCAGAUGGCGUUCGGAACUACGCUUCUGUCCAUCACUGGUCGUCACCAUGCCAAGCAGCGCAAGCUUCUCUCUCCCGUCUUCUCAGUCAACCACAUGCGGCAUAUGCUCCCUCUUUUUUACGACAUAGGACGCAAGAUCCGUGACGCCAUCAGUGCGCAAGUCGGCGACGCGAAGGCUGAAGUCAACGUACUUGGAUGGAUGAAUCGGUCGGCUUUGGAGUUCAUUGGCCAGGGCGGACUUGGAUAUUCCUUCGACCCUUUGGUAACGGAAUCGAAGGACGCAUACGCCGAUACCCUCAAGUCUCUACUCCCGAAUUUGGAUGUGAACCUGCGUUUCCAAUUCUUGAUCCCUCUUGCACGUCAGAUAUUCCCGACCUGGCUGCUACGAGUCUUUGUCAACACCUUCUCAGCGACCUCAAACAUCGGCCGAACCAGAGACAACAUAAACGAGAUGUUUGAGCGAGCGAAGGAGGUCUACGCCUCCAAGAAGCGUGCCCUCGCCGCCGGAGAGGCGGAGCUAGCGAAGCAAACCGCGCAAGGCAAGGAUCUGGUCAGCAUUCUGAUGCAAGCGAACUCGGUCGCUGACGAGGAUCAGAGGCUUCCAGAAGAGGAUGUUGUCUCGCUCAUGUCGAUGUUCACCUUCGCGGCCACUGAAACCUCAUCCAAUGCGCUCUCUCGGAUCCUCGACGUGCUGGCGAAACAUCCCGACUAUCAGGCCAGGCUCCGCGAGGAGCUCCUGGAAGCGCGCGCUGCGGACGGCUUGCUAUCCUACGACGAGCUGAACCAUUUACCUCUGCUCGAUGGCGUUAUUCGAGAGACAUUAAGGCUCCACCCUCCGGUAACUAUGCUUUUCCGGGUCGCAACUAGAGACACUGUCCUGCCGUUGUCCGAACCCGUGUUCACUACAGACGGCAAACAGAUUGCGUCGAUUGCCGUACCAAAGGGAUCACAGUUCCUGCUCGGAUUUAUGGGUUGCAACCUCAGCAGAACAAUAUGGGGUGAAGACGCACUGGAGUGGAAACCGGAUCGCUGGGUCUCCGAUUUGCCGUCUGCGGUUACUAAAGCUCGUAUUCCAGGUGUUUACUCGAACGUGAUGUCAUUCUCUGGAGGCAAACGGUCUUGCAUUGGCUUCAAGUUCUCCGAGAUGGAAAUCAAGGUUGUCUUGUCGGUUCUCGUGCCGAACCUCACGUUUGAGCUGACUGACAAGCCUAUCCAAUGGAACGUGGGUACCGUCGGGUUUCCCACUGUCGGCAAGGAGAGCGCGACGCCGCAGUUGCCCCUGAAGGUCGCACGUUACGCACUGCCGGGCAGUGGUGUUUAG